AUGGACGUCGAUGAUGAUGUGGAGGACGAUGACAUGGAUUUCAACCCUUUAUAUAGGGAAGGAUCACCAUCCGAGACCUCGUCAAGCCUCACCUCAGAGGCAGAAUGCGAGGGAACUAGCUUUCAAAAUCAACCAAGCACUGAGGUGCUUCUUCGCAAUAGUCCUGGUAAUGGAAAUGCAGGUGAUUGUGUACUUCCCACAGAAAGUUUGUCAGCCAAAGGUGCCUGCAAAGAAAAUGCAGGUGAUUGUGUGCUUCCCAAAGAAAGUUUGUCAGCCAAAGGUGCCUGCAAAGAAAAUGUUCCAGCGAGCAGUUCUACCCAGUUGCAUUGUGAGAAUGGAGAAGGCCGUGUUAAUGGAUUGGGAAAGAAACCCUUACAGACUGUAGCUUCCUUCUCUCCACCAGUACAGAAUACUCAUCCCCUGUUGCAUGAAGGUACCGAGGAAGAUGCAAUCUGCAGGCGGACACGGGCAAGAUACUCUCUGGCAAAUUACGCACUUGACGAGUUAGAGACCUUUCUCCAGGAAUCUGACGAUGAUGGUGACCUGCAGAAUGUUGAUGAGGAAGAGGAAUACCGCAAGUUUCUUUCAGCUGUCCUGUCUGGUGGAGGCGAUGGCACGCAGCCUUGCCAGGGGGAUGAAACCCAGGAUGAAGAUGAGAAUGAUGCGGACUUUGAGCUCGAAAUUGAGGAGGCCCUGGAAAGUGAUGGUGGUGAAAAUGUCGAGAAUGAUAAGAACAUAAAUGGUAGGAAUAAGAAAGAUGGUCAUAGGCCUCAGACUAGGAAGAAGAGACCUGAGUCGUCCAGGGCAGUCAAUCAUCAACAGGAAUCAACUAAACCUAAUUUGCGACCGAUUGUCCCAAAUUUCUCACCUACACCCCAGGUUCCUGGGCAGUAUCCAUCCCAGAACAUCAAUGUCCCUUCCUCAUCAUCAUCAGCAACUGGUGCUGCUGUAGUGAAGGGGUUUACUGAUGAGCAACUUGGCCAAUUGCAUAUUUUGAUAUAUGAACAUGUUCAGCUCAUGAUCCAAACCUUCUCUCUAUGCGUUCUUGACCCAUCUAAACAGCGUGUGGCUGCUGAUGUUAAAAAAAUGAUAGUUGAGUUGGUUGGCUACCGUGAUCAAGCAUUGGCUAGGAAAAACACUAUACGUCAACAAUUCUAUUUUGAAGGGCAGCAUCUUCGGUCAGCAAUUAGUCAUGCUUUUUCUGAGACCUCGCAAUGCCAAUGGAUUCCAUUAAUUAAGAAUCCUGUUAUGUCCAUCCUUGAUGUCUCACCACUUCAUUUGGCCCUCAGCUAUUUAAGUAAUGUUGCAGGCGCUGUUGUGAAGUAUAGAAAAAGCCAUGUGGAUGGCACUCCAGAGAGGAUCCGCUUUAGGAAAGAACCUCUUUUUCCAUCACCGGUACUUAGCACUGGCAGAGAUGCUAACAAUAUUUCUCAAGACAGACCAAAUAAUGUGUCCACAUCAACACCAGCUUCACCUGGCCAGUCACAGCCCAAGAAAUCAUUAGCUGCUACCCUUUUUGAGAGUACUAAAAAGGAGUCGGUUGCUCUUGUUCCAUUUGAUAUUGCAAGAUUGGCGCAGAGAUUUUAUCCACUAUUCAAUUUUUCGCUGUUUCCUCAUAAGCCACCUCCCGCAGCUAUGGUCAGUAGACUGCUUUUCACUGAUGCAGAGGACGGGUUAUUAGCUCUAGGACUUCUGGAAUAUAAUAAUGACUGGGAAGCGAUACAAAAGCGUUUUCUUCCUUGCAAGUCAACGCAUCAGAUAUUUGUGAGACAGAAGAACCGCAGCUCAGCAAAAGCUACUGACAAUCCAGUCAAGGAUGUGCGCCGUAUGAAGAAUUCUCCAUUGACUAGUGAGGAAGUGCAGCGUAUCGAAGAGGGGCUCAAGAUAUUCAAACAUGAUUGGACAUCUGUUUGGAAGUUUGUUGUGCCAUACAGAGAUCCUUCACUGCUCCAGCGUCAGUGGAGAGUUGCCAAUGGAAUCCAGCGAUCUUACAGUAAAAGUGAGGCUUUGAAAGCAAAGAGGAGAACAUAUGAAGCGAAGAGGAGGCAAUUAAAAGCUUCCAUGGCUGAUUCACAAGUAGGUCGUGAGCAGGAGACUGAUAAUGAUGCUUUUGAGGAUGUUGAAAAUGAUGAUGAUGAUGAUGAUGAUGAUGAUGGUGAUGAUCCAUAUGUCAAUGAAGCAUUUUUAGCAGACACAGAGAAUAGGAGCAUGAAUAUGAUGCAAACGGGCACCAGCCUCAAUGAUGAAUGUGGUUCUGCAUAUGGCCGCUUUGAGCAGCAUAAAAGAAAUGGUACGCAUCAUGGUGUCGGCGCUGCAUAUAUACCUUUUAGCUCUUGCGCUUCUGAUGGUCCUUCAACUAAAAGGGUGUUUGGUGUGACUUUGGAUGAACCGCAAGCUUCACAAUUGUCUAAAGAGAAAGGUAGCCAUGUCGUCAAGUUGGCCCCAGAUUUGCCUCCUGUAAACCUUCCUCCUUCUGUCCGUGUGAUAUCUCAGAUGGAAUUUCAUCAGAAUGCGGCGCAGGAUCUGUUUCCUGUGCCACCUCCAACCUUUACAGAAUGUGUUUACACACAGCUAAAUCUUUUCCCUCAUCAUAGUACUACUGACAGAUCGCAACAACAUGGGCGUGAUGCACGUUCGAUGGAAGAUGGCGCUGAGCAAGAUUUUCAAAUGCAUCCUUUGCUUUUUCAGCAUCCUCGAGAAGUGCUUUCGUCACAUAGCCAUUCGAUUCAAAAUCUUACUAGUCAUUCAAGAAAUUAUAAUCUUUUCCCUUUUGAGAAAGUUCAAGUUGAGAAAAGUAAUACGCAGACUACAGAUGGCAUGGAAAGAGCUCCUGUCAAUGCUAAUACCAUCGACUUCCAUCCUCUGCUGCAAAGACCUGAAGCUGAGAUGCAUGUGGAAGUACCAGAAGAGGACUGUCGUCCACUUUCUAAUCAAUCUGACGGUCGUAUUAGGGAACCUCCAGUGGAUGACCAGUCAACAGUUAGGGAAGCGUCGACAAGCGAAAGAGAGAACGGUAUUGAUAUGCAAGAAUCCACAAGCCCUUGUGAGAGGGAUACCAACAUUGAUUUGGACAUUCAUUUAUGUUCCUCAGUGGAUUUCAGGAUUGCAAAUGAUUUGAGAAGUACUCCUAGUAAAUCCAGAAUUCAGCCAGAAAGGCCUGUGAAGGACAGAGCUAGUAUUUUGAAUUUACAGCCUGGGAAUGCUAGUCCUCAUCAUGACACUGAAAGGCCUGGUGAGGAAACAAUGCAAGGCAUUGUAAUGGAACAAGAAGAAUUAAGUGAUUCCGAGGAAGAGAGCCAGCAUGUUGAGUUUGAAUGUGAGGAAAUGGAUGAUUCUGAAGACGAGCAAGUUCAGGGCACAGAACCUUGUUCGACUACAAACAAGGGAACUUCAGCAUCAAUUGUUUGUUCAGAGUUGCAAGAAAAUAAUGACCAGUGUCAAACCCAACAAGGAUUAAAACAGGUGGCCAAACAGGGUGUGGGUUCAAAACGGAAAUCGCGUGGGUCUUCUAGUGCAAGGUCGGUCAGAGCAAAGUCGAAGCCAACGGAUGCAGAUGCAGAAAAGCACACAGGAACUAGAAGAAGCCGACGGAUAUCCAGGUCCAGAUCUCGAGCGAGUGAAUCUAGCCAGGCCAAAAUGCCGGAAGAGGCAGGUCCUGAACAUAAGUCCAGUGAGUCAAGAAGGUCUAGAAAGAGCCCUGCCCCGAGUUAA